GCACUGAUGAGACUUUCGAUGAACGGACUUGGUCGAGAAAAGAGGUGAAACAAAAAUUACAGCUAUUCAGUAUGAAUUUCAAAACUAGUUACGAUAGUGACGCCCGUAUAUGGAAAAGUGAAAGUGUGGAGCAGCUUUUUAACAUAAACAAAUCCAUUGGCGCAAUUGCCUUGUAUAUGCUUCGGAGCAAGCCACGGAAUGCCGUUUGCCAGAUCUCCGAUUCGGAGGGAACCGAGCUCACCUAUGGCACAGCUUGUUCGUAUGCCAUAAGUGUGGCGUCAUAUCUGAAGGGACUUGGACUAGAUUGUGACGAUGUUGUGGGUAUUGUCGGUCAGAAUACGACGUUGCUAAUGCCGGUACUUGUCGGUUGUUGGAUAAAUGGUACACCUUAUAAUACCUUGCAUCCGAUACAUGAAGAAGAUGAUAUUAGACUGUUAUUUGCUCUGACGAAGCCAAAGAUCAUUUUUUGUGAUGGUGAGGUGUUCUAUAAGGUACAAAAUGCUACCAACUUGUUGAAUGUGCCCAUUUAUACUUUGUGUAAUCAUUUGGAAGGCGUGCCAAGGAUUCAAGAUAUAUUGAAACCAGUGCCAAUGGCAGAAUUAUAUCAAGCUGCUCCUCUCAAAUACGGGGCCAAUCAAACCAUGGCCAUCAUACCAUCAUCAGGUACAACAGGGAAACCGAAGGCUGUUUGCAGGUCAAAUUGUAAAUUAUUGUCUGAAAUUGGCCAUACCGAUGGUUCGUCGAUUUUAUUUUCGUUUUCAUCACCCGAUUGGGGCACCGGCAUUUUGUUGAUAGUCGCGAAUGUGCUGUGUGGCGGCACACGUAUCAUCACUACAAAACCUUAUACCCCUGAGUAUCUUCUGGAAAUCAUCACGAAAUACAAAGUAACAAAUUUAACCGGUUCGCCUCAUCAAUUUGGAGAUCUUGCACAGUUGCCGGGUUACACUGCGGAGGCAAUGUCCAGCGUGCGUGUCAUUGUAAUGGGAGGUUGUCAUGCUCUACCUUCUGUUCAGUCUAAUAUAAGAGCCAAAUUGACACACGGAGUGUUAGUGAACUCAUACGGAACCUCAGAGAUUGGUGGCAUUUCAUUGAAUUAUAGAGAUUAUAAAGUCGACACUGUUGGCCGUUUAUGGGGUGGUGCACAGUUGAAGAUAAAAGAGCGAGUGGAUGGUGAUAUUCAGAAAUUAAUGGGUCCCAAUGAAAAGGGUGAAAUUUGGGUGUACACCCCUACAAGUUGGUUGGGUUAUUAUAAUAAUCCAGAGGCCACCGCUGAUAUUAUGGAUGCUGAUGGUUGGAUCAACACCGGUGAUGUCGGGUACGUGGACGAUGAGGGGUUUCUACAUUUAGUUGAUCGCAGCAAGGAUAUUUUAAAAUAUAUGGGCUUUCAUUACUCUCCACAUGAGAUUGAAGAGACUAUAGUUUCUUUGCCAGAUGUUCUAGAUGCUUGUGUGUUUGGAGUCUACGACGACAAAGACGGGGACUUAGCUGGCGCUGCUGUAGUGCUAAAGCCUGAUAGUACACUUACCGAGUCGGAUAUUAUGAGUUUUUUGACAGAGAAACUGGUGGUGAAGUACAAACAGCCCAAUUAUGGAGUCUUUUUCGUGGAUACGAUUGCACGAAAUUCUAACGGUAAACUGCUGCGAGCAAAGAUGAGAGAAAUUUGCUUAAAAAUUGAAAAAGAAACAGGCUCAAAGGUUUUGCAACGUUGAUAUAAAAAUAAUGUAUUUCUAAAAAAAUAAAUAAGGGCAUAUUUAUUCAUUAGUAAUAAGUAAGCGCUCGGGUUUAACCUAA